UAUUAUGAUGGUGAUAUUAAUUUAUGUCAAAUGGGAAAGGACUAUACUAUAUUGCACGGAUUUGACAAAACAACUGAUAAUACAUUUGACACAACUUGAUAAUGAUUUCGAUUUGACAUAACUUAAAAGUUAAAACAUGGAUAUGAAAAGAAAUUGAAAUUUACGAAAGACAUAAAUGAACCUAAUAUAUAAUUAAUGUAAAAUUUAUACGAAAGACUAGGCGGUAUGGUCGAAAGACUAUAGCCUGCACCAUGUGCGAAAUAAAUUAAAAAAAAUAAUCAACAACCGGGAAAAAAUUACAAACUACCGCAUGAGUUUAUUUUAUAAUAAUAAUAGAAUUGUUAUUUUUGUAGGAAAACUAGAUAGAUAACAAUGUCUAUAAUCAUUGAAGGAACAUUUGUGUCACAAAAAAUUAAUAAAAUUCGAUGGAUUCCGGAAGAAUAUGUGGAAACUAAACACUUUUUUACUGGUAGUUGGGACGAUGAUGAAAACUCAGUAAAAGUUUGGACAUAUGAGAGUAUCCAUGAGAGUGUAAAUGAGGAUGAAAAUGUGGAAAAUCCGCGCGAGUUGUCAGAAUAUAAAGUGCCAGGAGAUGUUACAGAAAUUAAGCUAAUUGAUAAAAACAAAAUUGCUGUGUCUCUAUCCAAUGGGGAAGUAAGAUUGCUGGAGAUCAGUGCUUAUGAAAGAAACAGCCCACUGAGAGAAGUAUACACUUGGAGCAAUUUACAUCAUAUCAAUUCUGAAAGAUGUUCUUGUACUGCCCUGGAUACAUUUGAGGGUGAUAUAGUAACUGUAGGUGAAGAUGAGAAAGUGAACAUACUCAACGGCAGAAGAGGGGAUGUAACCAGAUCAAUUUCAGAUACUGACAGUUGUUCUAUUCAUUCUGUCUCUUUUCUUAAAUUAAAUGAGGUCAUAACAGGAAAUCUAAGAGGACACAUGAAGGUUUGGGAUAUUAAAAGAGAUAACAACAAACCUGUGGCAUCAUUUCAUUUUCCUGGAGAAGAAGUAGCAGCAACAUGCAUUGUCCAACAUCCAACUCAACCACAUAUAAUUUUAGCUGGUAGUGAAUGUGGCUCGCUGGCAGUAUGGGAUUUACGUAUGAACAAAUUCCCUACUUCCCAAUUAAGUGCACAUUCAUCUGGUGUUACUGAAAUGCAAUUUCAUCCAGAAAACCCAAACAAAUUAAUAACAUGCUCUUUGUCUGGUGAUGUGUGGGACUGGAAUAUGGAAUCAUUGACAAAGAAAUCUGGUGAUAGUUAUGUACCCCUAGAUGACAAAGCUACAAUGAAUGUAACCUCGAUAAUCCCCACUUUACAUAAGGCAGUUAAUACAAUCCACUGUAAUAAAGGAAGAGUAUUGUGUGCUGCUGAUAAUGAAGCCAUAUAUUUGAUAAAAAAUGUCAAAUAUUAGUACUUGUUAUAUGAGUUUGUUUUAAGAAAAGAUAAAUUAAAAAUGUCAUGAAAUA